AUUCUUGUGAGUCCAUCACCGUCCCGCCUGUAUGCUGCCACUGGAUCUGCUGGAUUACCGCGCCGUUUCUCCGCUCAUUAUUCCUGACGCUUUUCCACGGCAGGCAAAGUUGGGCAUCCAGAAACUACAUGGUGACUGCCUGUAUAUUUUUAUGCUGUUUGAGCUUCAAAAUGAUUUCACUCUUCACUGGAAGAAGUGUCAUUUUUAUAUGACAGAGAAAAGAGCUCUGUCUCUUUUUGGGGGAUUGUUUACUUAUAGGCUAGUGAUUUUGCAAUAUUUUGAAUUUCGUUGUCUGGUAAUUUGGUCGCGAGGGACAAGAUGGGUGGGGUUAAAAAUGUAAGAAAUGGAGAUGUCUUUACAUGGUUUUUUUUAUCGAACAGACAUUCUAACCUCAAUCACCCUUCUUUAUUUUGACUGAUGAUGUGACCUUACUGGUCUUUGUUUUGGGUGUUUUUUUUUUUGUGUUGGUGUAUUUAUUUAUCAUCACACUGGAGGGUCAACAUUGGAUGUUUGACUGCACUUGAACUUUCACCUUCUCCAGCUCCUUCCUUUUUCAAGGGGCUCUGAACCUAACCCACAUAUCUGUAACACCGCGUAGAACCCCUCUCCCCCCUCUGGGGCUCUCCCUGGACCUUCCCAUCUCUCUCUGCUGCUUGAGGACAGAGACAGCCCCACCAGGAGAGGGGUUGUUAGGUAGGAAGACACCCCCCUCCCAAAGGUGAGAGGGGGGGGGAAGAUGGCAGCUCUCGCCAGCUCUCUCAUCAGACAGAAACGGGCGGUCAAGGACGACGGACAAAACCGACCGGUAACCAACAAGAGGAAGCCCUGUCCUAAGAGCAACAAGUCUCUGUGCCAGAAACAGAUCUUAGUCCUUAUCUCUAAAGUACGGCUAUGUGGGGGUCGAAAAGGUCGAAACGAAAAGAGACCGGAGCCCCAGUUGAAAGGCAUCGUUACCAGGCUGUACAGUCAGCACGGAUACUACCUGCAGAUGCAGCCGGAUGGCACCAUGGAUGGCACAAGGGACGAAGGCAGCUCCUUCUCACAGUUCAACUUGAUUCCUGUGGGUCUGAGGAUCGUGGCGAUCCAGGGGGCGAAGACAGGGCUCUACCUGGGCAUGAACAGCGAUGGGUACCUCUACACCUCUGAACACUUCACUCCAGAGUGUAAGUUCAAGGAGAGUGUGUUUGAGAACUACUACGUGACGUACUCCUCCAUGCUCUACCGCCAGAACCAGUCGGGCCGCUCCUGGUAUAUCGGUAUCAACCGCGACGGACAGGUUAUGAAGGGCAACCGGGUGAAGAAGACCAAGGGAGCCGCACACUUCCUGCCUAAAGUUAUUGAAGUUGCCAUGUACAAGGAGCCAUCGCUACACGAACUAGUCAAUGAACCGAAGGAAAAAGAGAAGGAAAGAGAUAAAGACAGCCCUGCUCGGAAGACAGUGAAGACGUCAGAAGAACGUCAUGAAAUAACAUUCUCCAUCAAGAACUGCAGGAAAGAGAAAAAAGCUCCCAAGGCUGACGCCUCGUAGCACAGGGGACCAAGGGGAGGGGAGGGGGAGCAGUGACACUGAGAACUCAAUGGGGACUCAAUCACCCAUCAUGCAUUGGGCUGGCUGGAGGAAUAACCCUCAUGGGCUCCCUUUACCAGAAGUGCACUGGGGCUGCACCAUGCUGACGGGUCAGGGGUCAACAGCUCAUCAGCAGCUCACCAGGUCUGGUUCUGGGAGGGUUUCCUCUCACCUGUCACCAGAGAGAGAGAGAGAGAGAUGGACCAGGGACCGAGUCAGCAUCACCACCCUUCCACCCUGUCAAUCACCUCUACCCCUCCUCUGGUACACUCACUACCAAAAAGCACAGCCUUUGUCAUACCUCUUUAAUUGAUCUACUGCCCUCCAUCACCUGUCUCAAUUUUCAGAAAUCACCUACCCUCGCCCACACACAGUCAUUUCUAAUCCGUGUAUUUUGAUGUAUGUGCGUGCGAUUGUGUGUGUGUGUGUGUGUGUAUGUUGGAGAAUAAGUGUUUCACACUAAUCACUUUAUGUCAUCAUAACCGCCAUGCGUGGGUCCACUCUUCUAAGUAAUGGAAAUCACCAUGGUGAAAGUGUCGCUAUGCCUGGCCUCCACCAUCUGCCCACCUGCAAAUCACACACCCCGCAGCUGGACGUGGGCCAUCAAAAUGAUGCUUUAUCGGACAGCAUCAGGGGGGGAUCUAUUUAUAUUUGAUAGUAGGCCUGUCUGUUGAACCGCAGUCUGCCAAUCACUUUCAAAAAUGCCAAAUCUUCUGCUGAAAGAGAAAAGUCAAGCCAGCUCUUUUUUGGGGGAUCAGAGAUAUCUACAGGCUACAGGAUAACCUUUUUCAGUGACCAGCCUUUUCUAGCUCACUCUUUCAAAGUCCAUUUCUCCUUUGAUCACAAUGAGGAAAUAAAUGGAGGGAACUGAAGAAGUUUAUCAUAUUAAAUCAUGAGGAUGAUGUAAAGGAUGAUAAUGAGGAUGAUGAGGAUGAGGAUAAGGAUAAUUACAAUGGUUACAGUGAUUAUGGUGAUAUUGAUGAUUCAACUGCCUGCGUAACCUUGCAAUAAUCUCACAGGCAAAAUAAUGAAACAGAAAUGUCAGGGUAUCCCAUUAUCUGAAGUUGAUAGCCAUUUGCCCUUCUGGAGCCAUGAAAGCACCAUGUCCAAAUUACUAUUAGAACCCUGACUGGGACAUGACUGCCAUGUCUGGCCCACAUAACAGUAGCCUGACAGAGAUGAUUUCAGAUUGGGCUCAGCAGGCUGAUUCUGAGCAUGUGAGAGAGUGAUGGAGCUAAAUGCCCUCUGGGCCCAAUGUUAUUAUGAUGCAACUCUUUGAAGGUUAUUUCCUGGGGAUUUUAUGGAAUACAGACAUAAUUGCUUAAGUUAUUCGCUUAAAUGUAUGUAAAAAAAAUAAUAUUAACAUGUCUCUGCAAUAUUUGUACAGGUUUGAGUCUCUGUCAGAGCUGGGCUGUGUUAAAAAAAGAAAGUAUGGCAUUUUAUACAAGUGAGGAAGAUAGUGACAGUGGUUAUGAAUGUGCAUGCUUAAAAUACUCCCAAUUGCUAGCGUCCAAAACUCACCUUGUGGUGCUCAUAAUUCACUAAAAUAUUUCAGAUAAAUGGUAAGGAUUGGACCUGUUGAAUCUGAUUAAAUUCUCUGUCACCUGAAAGGUAGUGCCAGUGACCGCUGACUGUAUCCUUUGCUUGGCAACUGUUGUCGACAGGAAGCAGAGUUUAAAGCUGACAUCAAAGUCUGAGGAGGCUCUUAGCUGGAGCACAAUAGAUAUAUGGGGCUUUCUGGAUUAGUUUUUAUAAGACACAGCUGGAGCACCUACUUGCUAUUCUAAAGACAUCUCACUGCUUAUCCCCUCACCAGAGUUAUCAAAUCACCACAGAGGAAUCCACUCGCAAAUAUGGAUUUCUUUGUGUGCGUGGCUGUUUGUGAUUGUGUUCUUCUCCCAGUUUAUGGAUGUUUGUGGGAAUCUGUGAGUUCAUGUUGGGAGUGCAUAGUGUGCGUAUCCAUGUUUGUGCAAGUGUCUGUUUCUGUGUGUGUGUGUGUGUGUGUGUAUCUGUGUGUUGAGUGGGAGGGGACUUCUACAACGUCCUUCAUACUGGACAUGGGGCACUGGUGAGGGGUGUCUUAGUGAUGUCCUUCUCUGUGGAGAUGAUGUUUGGGUGACAAAUGGCCACCUUUCAAACCCAGCACUACCACCACAUUGUUAUUGGCCUGAGAGUGAUGAAGGAAGCAAUGGGCAAUAGCAUCUGAAACAAAUCAUGGACACAAAAGCACAACAUACACAGGGACAUCCUGGUGUACAGAAGGCUGAUUUUCUAAGCAUGGGGAUAUAUGAAGUAAAAUGACCAAAGGCAUUGCUGCGUAGCUUGUUCCUGCCAUGGCGGCUGUGCUGUCAGAGUGAGAUGGCAGGGGUGUUCUGUGUGACCAGCUCCUGUCUAGUGGGUCACUGAGAAGGGAUGGCAACACGAGUGAGCUUAUUAUUUUCGUCCCUUACAGGGCCCCUCUAUAAGAAACAGGCAAUAGCAGUGGACUGCCUGUAAAUAUGUUACACAACAUUACAGAAGAUGAGGGAAAAUGCAUAACAAAUGAAAAUCGAAUCAAAUUUUAUUGGUCACAUACACUACACGUGUUUAGCAGAUGUUAUUGCGGGUGUAGCGAAAUGCUUGUGCUUCUA